AUUUAUCACAACUUAGUCUACAAGUUACAACCCCUCCAUCUCUUCUUCAUCAUGGCCAAGUCGAAAUCUGCCAAGCGAAAGCGCAAUGCCCAAGUUGAUCUGCCACAAAAACAUUCCAAGCCCACUUUGAUUCCCACCCCUCCGCCAGAUGGCCGAAGCACCACCACCACUACCACCACCACCCUGGAACCCAAAAAUCUGCAGACUGUGGUCUCCGACGAGGAGCUCGACAUCACCAUCGAGACGCUCAUCACCCUCACCCAGUACCCCAAUCUGACCAAAUCGAAAGCAUGCAAAGAUCUCCGUGUCGCAGUAUAUGAUUUUCGUCAAGCGUGUACGACAGGCGUGAAUAAUGCCGAGGGUGCUAAUCUGACAGCACGAAUCACCGGCGCCCUAGCCGAUGGCAAAUACAUCGACGCCAAGGUCCUGCUCGCAGAGAUGAGAAUUAGGGGGGAACAACCUAAGAUUGGAGCCUUGUGCCGCUGGGUGAGAGAUUUGGACGUUGUCAGCGGUCUCUCAACGCAGCCCGGUAUAGAGGGCAAGGCCCCUGUUGAGCGGAGUGUCAGAGAGCUGGACCUCCUCAGCGUCCUUGACGCCGUUCUCCGCGUCAGUACCCCUAUCGACCUGAGCCCACAAGCUGCCCUCUCGACAUCCCCCAUCGCCUUCCAAUCCAUCUGGGACCUCCGACCGUCAAGCCCACCUCUUCAGGUCUACGCCUCGGUCCAAGACAAAUCCAUCCUCGAAUCGGCCCCCUCCUCUCCGUCCGCCCUCCGGAUCAUCGAGACCACCCCUGGCCCCUUGCGCAAGCCUCCCAACCACCACCCCGCCAUCCUCUACACCACCGCGCCCGAUGCCGUUCCGCUCUCAUCCACCCUCCCCUCUACUCGAUACCACCCUCACCCCUCCGUGCCCGGCCUCGGCCUGGCGCUCGACGUCCUCACGCCCGCCGAAUGCACAUCGAUCAUCGCGGCCGGCGAAUCCGUCGGCUUUCUGCCCGAUGCCCCCCUGCGCGAGGACGGCGACAUGAGUAUCCUGGCUCACAACUUCUACUGGGUGGUCGACACCAUCUUCCAUGACAAGCUCUGGGCGCGCAUUGCGCCCUACGUGCCUGCCUCCAUCAACGGCUGCCGCGUGCGUGGGCUCAACCGCCGCUUCCGCGUCUACCGCUACGUGCCGGGCGCCGAGUACCGUUGCCACAUCGAUGGCGCGUGGCCGCCAUCCGGCAUCACGCCGGACGAUCAAUACGUCUACGACGCCUCGCCUCCGGACAACAAGCAGAGCUCCAUGUACACCUUCCUCCUGUACCUGAACGAUGAGUUCGAGGGCGGCGAGACGACCUUCUUCCUUCCCGCCGCGCGGGAGGGGACGCUCAACGCCUACCCGGUCCGGCCCGUCAUGGGUGCCGUGGCGCUGUUCCCCCAUGGCGAGUCGAACGGAGCCCUGUUGCAUGAAGGCACCGGGGUGAGGAAGGGGGCCAAGUAUAUUAUUCGAAGCGAUGUAGAAUACGAUGUUAGGCCCGCGCAAGGAUGA